CCAAGACGGCCCCGCAGCUCACAAACACUCUUGUUUAAAAUGCUUACAAAUGGCUACUGGACAAUCCUGGAAACGGUGCCCUACUCGAUCGCCAGUGCAGUACCCACCACGGCCACUACGCUGAGCAACGGUGGCCAUGGCAAUAAUGGAUCGUCAGGACUGUUGACAAGUGCUACUGUGGUGGUCGAGCUGCCGCCCGAUGAUCUGGGCAAUCCGGUAGGCAAUAUCCAGUACACUAUACCGGCGCUCACAAAGAAUGCCACAACAAACACAAACACCACCAGCUUGCUGCACAAGCCGCAGGCCACCACCAUUCAGAUUGUGAAGCAGCAGCAGCAGCAGCACCAGCAUCCGCAGCAGCCUCAUCGUCAACAGUUGACCAUCCAGCAUCCUCCGCGGCAGGAGUACAUCAAGAUAGACACCUCACGGCUGGAGGAUAAGAUGCUGCUGCGCGAUGUAAUGCAGUAUGGAGCCACUAGCAUUGCCAUGGCGCCGCAGAGUGCCCACAGCACCACCACUUGUGUGGUGUCCAGCCACGAGUCCGGUCUGCUUCUGACCGAUGCCGAUGAGGCCGAACGGGAGCUGGAACUGGAGGCCAUGAAGGGCAAUGAUCAUCAGCAGAUCGAUGAUGAUGACGAAGACCAUCAUCAUCUGCUCGACGACGAGGGCUAUGUGGUGGAGAAAAUACCCAUCGAUGAGGAUCAGCCGGAGAAGUUGUAUAUAAACGGAUUGUCGAGUGCAACGACGAUGCACAGCAGCAGCAACAACAACGCGGCACACACCACCAUGACACUGCAUCAGCAGCAGGUGACCACCAGUGAUUAUCCGCUGGAUGACUGCAAGUACGCGUGCAAUGUGUGCGGCAAGACGUACAAGAUCAAGGGAUCGCUGAAGCGGCACAAGAACUACGAAUGCGGCGUGGAGCCGAAUCUCAAGUGUCCCCAUUGUCCGCACAAGUGCAAGUACAAGUCGGAUUUGCGCAAGCAUAUGAAUCAGAAGCAUGCCGAUUCUGGGGACCCCCUGGUUCUGGGACAUUAGGUCGAUUGACAUUAACUUAACCCUAAGAUGGUAGUCUAUAUAUAUCUCUGUUUAGCAGUUGUUGUUGUGAUGUAUGUUCCAUACCUUAGGUUUUACUCGGAAAUCUCUGGAGAUUUAAGAGCUCUCUUGAUUAAAACCUUGACACCUUACUUCAGUCCAUAGAUUGUUAUUAUCUGCAUAAUUCCUUUGUAUAUAUCUGGACCCUUAUCCUUCUCAACGGUUUCUGAAUCUCUGGAGAUGACAGUAAACUGUUUGUAAUAUAGCCAAAGUUAUGAUCUCAAUUGAAUAAUCAUAGGUAUACUAAGCCGUCAUAUGAAGUUCUAGUUGAAUUGCUCAAACAGUAGACUCAAACCCAAUUUCGAAUCAGCUCAAGUCAAGUGUGUAAGUCUAAGUAUUUUAAACUCCAAACAUUAUACAAGCCCUAGUGAACGUUUUAACCCCCAAAAAGUAAUAAUAAUUAAUAAAUAAAUAAAUGUUUACAAUCGAAACCAAGGCCAGUAAUUAUUGAGUUCGUUGCAAAAGUCCCGAUAUAAAACAAAAUCACUAACAUGAUUCUCUUUUCUCUAGGACGACGAAUCCGAGGAACCGGAAGGAACUAACGUUGGAGGAGAUGAUGCCGGACUGGA